AGCCCUCCCCGGGUUCCAGAUGGUGUUCAUUCUGCGGGAGAGUUUGCAGCGGAGAGCGGGCUAAGGUAACAGAGUUAAGAAAAUAACCCAACUUCAUUUGAAAAUCUACUUUCUGGAUUUGAAGAAUCUUUUCUUCCCACAGAGGGCUUGUGGUUUGAAUUAAAUGGCUGAUAAACAAAUCAGUUUACCUGCCAAGUUGAUCAAUGGAGGCAUUGCAGGAUUAAUUGGCGUCACUUGUGUGUUCCCAAUAGACUUGGCAAAAACACGGCUUCAAAACCAGCAAAAUGGCCAGCGGAUGUACUCUAGCAUGUCUGACUGCCUUAUUAAGACAAUCCGAUCCGAUGGCUAUUUUGGGAUGUAUAGAGGAGCUGCUGUCAAUCUUACUUUAGUUACACCAGAAAAAGCCAUAAAGCUUGCAGCAAAUGAUUUCUUCCGUCACAUGCUUUCAAAGGAUGGAAAGCAGUUGACCUUGAUCAAGGAGAUGCUGGCUGGUUGUGGUGCCGGGACCUGUCAAGUUAUCGUAACUACCCCUAUGGAGAUGCUGAAGAUCCAGCUGCAGGAUGCAGGACGUCUUGCAGCCCAACAGAAGCUUAUGACAGCCCAGUCAGCAACAGGUCGUGCUGUGGAGGGCCCCAUCUCCAGUGCAAGUCAAGCUACCUCCACCGUCAAAUCCCCACAGACUGCUACACAAAUCACCAAAGAGCUGCUGAGGAGCAAGGGAAUUGCUGGCCUUUACAAAGGUUUAGGUGCAACAUUGCUAAGGGAUGUUCCUUUCUCCAUCGUCUACUUCCCACUGUUUGCUAACCUUAACAAGCUGGGACAGAAGAACCCAGAUGAAAGAUCUCCGUUUUACGUAUCCUUCAUCAGUGGUUGUAUCGCAGGCAGCACAGCUGCUGUGGCAGUGAAUCCUUGUGAUGUAAUAAAGACAAGACUUCAAUCUCUUCAAAGAGGAAUUAAUGAAGACUCGUACUCAGGGAUAGUAGACUGCACCAGGAAAAUCUGGAGGAAUGAAGGAGCAAGAGCUUUCCUGAAGGGGGCAUACUGUCGAGCCCUGGUUAUUGCCCCUCUCUUUGGCAUCGCACAAGUUGUUUACUUCCUGGGAAUAGCAGAGACCAUGUUAGAGAUGCUUCCACGUGGACGAGAUUAACCCAUGGAGCACCUUUGCAAGACGUCUGGCCUGGUUUCACAGGAUCGAGUAUGUCACUCAAAGAGCACAGUUUUUGGAGUCUAAAACUCAAAACUACCAUCGUCCUGCUUUUUGCCCUUAUUUCUACCUUGGUUGCAAAAGCCAAACUUUAUUCUGCUUCUCCCAGUCAUACCUAAAGACCAACAGUAUUUUUUUUGUUGUUUUUAUUUAAAUUGUUAACACAAGGAUGAAAGUGUUUGUGGUAAGUUAGCACCAGAUAGUAUAAGGAUUACUGUAAGUUUAUAACCCUUAAGCUGGUCAGUACUGACAUGACAAUAAUGUUUUAAAGGGAUCAUCUCCCUUCAUAUCCAAUCAUUUAGGGUAUUGAAGGAACAAAUAGCGGGGCCUGAAUGGAGUUUCAGCAGCUGAGCAUUGGUUAACUGGCUCGUUAACACUAGUUUCUUUUGGGAUCUGUGUGCAGGUGUGGAGUAACUUGAUUUUGCAAAACAAAAAUGCCAUGUAAAGUUUACCCUUUAUGGUGCUGCCUUUAAUAUGUUGUCAGAAUAACAGUUAAUUGGUCGUUUGACAUUUCUGGGAUGAAAUUUGACUUGGGGAGGUAGUUAAAUCAGCAGCAUUGCAUGGACUUUUAUCCUGUUCUAAUGACACCAACUGGAUAUGGGCAAGCCAUUUCACAGUGGACUGAUGUGAUACUACCCCCUACCUGGCAUUACCUACCCAAGGCAAAUUUCACUCCCCCACCUCACCAGGUGUGUAGGUAUCGACAGAUUUGAAUCAAAGCAAACUUGAAAUGAAAUUGGGCAUCAGAAAGUCUACCUUUUUAUGCCAAAUAAAAUGUGGAGUGAAUAGUAGCCAGUGGCUGGCGGCUGGGAACCUGCAUUGCUUUGUAUGAGCUGGGUGAGGGGAAUAAGGCGUUUUGGGCAGGUGCAGGCAGGAUAGAUGCUGAUUAAUUUGAAAUUACCUCGAUCGCUUUCGAGCUUGGCUGCUGAGUUGUAUUGAACGCAGUGCAGGCCACCUGUGUUGAAGCUGCACUGGAGUUGAUGAUGUUUUCACUGUGGUGCAAUGGUGUAAUUUGAGCCGGUGCCCUUUUAUCACAGGCACACAAAGGCCGUCUUCGGUGACUCUGUUUGGCUGACCGGUCAUUCCCCUUUUAUUUCAGCCUCAGAAAGAACCCGCUAUCAUAGAAACUGCAAUGCGUGGCUUGUUUGUACCUGUCCCAUCUGGUAUUACUUUAACUUGCCUGUAUUAUAAGAGCAAGCGGCCACUAUCAAUUCAAUAUUAAUAGAAUCCAGAGGUGAAACACAGGAUAUCAGUUUCUGGUUUAUAGGCAACCGAAUUGUCACUAGACGUAAUUAGCAGAUGACGACAAAAACACUUCUUAAAUUGUACAGUAUGCUUUAAUCUUCAUUCAGAUUCCUAACUCUCCUCAUAAAAACCGCUCCCAAAAACAUCCAUGUCUGCCCAGCAGUCACCAGUCAAUCGAUCAUGUGUGAUACAGUGAAAGAUGAUUUCUCCAUUGCAGUCUUUAUUUGUUUAGUAACGAAAAAUCUCCUCGUCACAGUUCAGGUGAACAUCAUGCAAAAGUUUCUGAGGUCUACCAUUUUUACAUUUUUGAAGUCCUGACUGAUCCGAGGCGGUGAUUCUUGGAGUUAAGCAGAUAACAAACUGCUGAAACUAAUUUUUCUGGGGUUUUGAUAUUACCUGAACUCCGUGUUUGCUUGAAUUACUGCCUGGCAAUCUACUGCUCUGACAUCUGAUAUCUUUCAACUGCUGAGCCUUCUGCUGGCUGAUCUGUUUAACAUUAUGCUGCUGUACAGUGGAACAAGAGAGAGGUGGCUUUUGGAUGUACACGUUGUCAUUUGUGCUGCUUAUUGUCAAUAGAAAGAAGAAACACGGGUACAAUACACAUAGGUUUAUUUAUGGGAGAAUCUUUUUUUUCUUAAAAGAACAGAGUAAUAUUUUUGUA